GGUGGUGGUGGAGGGGGAGGAAGAGUGGAAUUCCGCCGGUUCCUCAUAUAAAGCCCCUCGCCCACCACCGCUCCAUCAUCAUCAUCAUCCACCACCCGCCUUUUCCGCUCCGUUCUGCCACUGCCCUCGCCAAGGCAUCCGCCGCCAUGUCUGACGCCGUAACAAAGCAUCUGUCGCGUGCCGAGGUCUUCAGGAUCAUCAUCGGUUCCUCGCUCGGAACGGUCAUCGAGUGGUAUGACUUUUUCCUGUUUGCCUCCAUCGGCUCGACAAUCGCCCCGAGGUUCUACGACACCAAGACCGCCCUUGGCAACGUCAUUGCGCUCCUGGGCGCCUUUGCCAUCGGCUUUGUCUUCCGUCCCAUCGGCGCCGUGCUCUUUGGCUUCCUCGGCGACCGCACCGGCCGCAAGAAGACCUUCCUCAUCACGCUGUUCCUUAUGGGCACCUGCACCACCCUGAUCGGCUGCCUUCCCACUAUCGAUAUGAUCGGCCCCACCGCCGGUGUCCUGCUGAUCGUCUUGCGGGUCGUCCAGGGCUUGGCCCUCGGCGGCGAAUACGGCGGCGCUGCCACCUAUGUUGCCGAACACUCGCCAAUCCGCAAGCGUGGCUACUACACCUCCUAUCUGCAGACCACCGCCGCUAUUGGCUACAUGCUGUCGCUCAUUGUCAUCCUGAUCUGCCAAAAGUGCAUGAGCGGCACCGCCUUCACCGUGUGGGGCUGGCGCAUUCCCUUCCUGCUCUCCAUCUUCCUCGUCGGCGCCUCCCUCUAUAUCCGCAUGAAGAUGGACGAGUCGCCCAUCUUCCAGGCUCUCAAGGCAGAAGGCAAGGUCGCCCGCAACCCGUUUGCCAAGUGCUUCACCAGAUACAACCUCCGCGCCAUCGCCAUCGGCACCAUCGGCGCUACCCUGGGCCAAGGUGUCGUGUCGUAUACGGGCCUGCUCUACACCCUGUUCUAUCUUCAGACCAUCUUCAAGCUGCCAGCAGUCGAUGCCAACGUUAUCUCGGUUGUCGCCGCCGGACUGUCCUCGCCGGUCUACGUCCUCGUCGGCUGGCUCUCUGAUCGAUAUGGCCGCAAGAUCUUUAUCCAGGCCGGCUUGAUCCUGGCCAUCGUUACCCUCUACCCGAUCUAUCUGCUGAUGAACCAGUACCGCUACUACACCGAUUCCCAGGCCCUCACCCUCAACCCCAACUACAAUCCGUAUAUGCUCUGCUUCCUGGUGUGGGUCCAGAUGCUCUACGGCAGCAUCAGCUUUGGAAGCAUGGCUGCCUUCUUGGUCGAGCUCUAUCCCACCAACGUGCGCUACACCGCGCUCUCGGUUGCCCAGACGCUCGGCGCGGGCAUCUUUGGCGGCAUCGUCCCUCUGGUUGGCCUCAGCCUUAUCAACGCGACCGGCAACCAGUAUGCUGGUAUCUGGUACCCUCUCGGAGCGUCGGCCCUCUGCCUGAUCGUCAACAUUUUCUUUGUCCCCGAGACCUUCCGCAACGACAUCACCCUGGAUGUUCCCUCCGAGGAUAAAACUCAAUUCGACAGCAGCAGCGUUGAGGCGGUCGCGUCGAUUUGAUGUGGCUCCGCUUGGGGCGAGUCCUGCCUUGGUUUUACAGCCAAUCCAAUAAAAAAAACGGGACACCCCCGGAUUUUUGGUCGUUGGUGAAUGUUAUCACCCAAAACAUCGCGCGCUGACCAUGACUGUUCUGUGAUUUGAAUCAAGGACGCCAUUGCGGGCAUCGCUGCCA